AGUGAGAUAGCCUGACCAGUGAGAACCAUAACCUGAAUUUUCGCCCACCGAUUCUCAUUUUCUGACUACUCUUCUGCUCCCGUUUGGCUUCUCCUUCUUUCCCCAAGAAGCCAUGUCCGCCGAGCCACCGAGCACCGCCGGCGGCAGCGCCACCCCCCGAAGGUACUUCUGCCACCAGUGCAACCGCACCGUUGUGAUCGAAUCAUCCACCUCCGGCGAGCUUGCUUGCCCUAUUUGUCAUGGUGGUUUCAUCGAAGAAUUCGACGCACCAACCACUGCUCCUAACCCCGAUCCACCCGCCUUCACACUCAAUCCAUCCGCCGCCCCCUUCAGCCCCCCGGGCUCCCAAUCACCCAUCUUUCUCUCCCGCUCCACAAGUUUUGACCUUCGAGAUCCCAGCGAUCUCUUCUCCCUCAUUGGCCCUGAAUCCGGCCGAUUCCGCGGCUCUGAUUCAGGCUACUAUCCCUCGCGAUUGUAUGGAUCUGAUGCUGGCCAAUUUACUUCGUCAUCCGCCGGCCCUAACGCGUUUAAUCCCUUCGAUUUCUUGCAAAGGUACAUUCAGACCAUGUUGGGUGGUGCUAAUGUUCAGGUUAUUCUCGAGGGCGGCGACCGUCCGGCGGUUAGCUUCGGUGAUUACUUCAUUGGUCCGGGACUCGAACAACUCAUCCAGCAGCUCGCUGAGAACGAUCCUAAUCGGUAUGGCACACCGCCGGCUGCGAAGACGGCCAUAGCCUCGCUUCCUGAUGUUAAGAUUGCUCAGGACCAACUCGCUUCAGAUGAGGCGCAGUGUGCUGUCUGCAAGGAGUCUUUUGAGAUUGAGGAGAUGGUAAAGCAGCUGCCUUGCAAGCAUUUGUUUCACAAGGACUGCAUUUUACCAUGGCUUGAGCUUCAUAACUCCUGUCCGGUUUGCCGGUAUGAACUCCCAACGGAUGAUCAGGAUUAUGAGCAGCGAAAGGGUGGGGGGAACCAAGCGCCACUUUCGGCUGCGGGGGUGGAGAGUGGGGGUUCUAUUGGGUCCAGUGGGGCGCCUGUGGGAUCUGAGGAGCAGAACACCAUUGGGCAGCGAUCAACCCCGGUGGAGCGGAGGUUUAGGAUAAAUAUUCCCUGGCUGUUUAGGGGAUCGGGGUCUCAAGCUGAUGCCAACAGUGCGGAGGAUGCGCAAGGGAGUGCCGGUGGGAAUGAUGAAUCUUUCGGUGGCCAAGGAGCUUCUGGGACAGAUAACAGUCGAAGAGACUUGGAUUAAGGAAUUUGUGAGGUGAGGUUGCUGGGAAUUGGUUUUUGCUUUUAUUUUUCAGAUGUUUCUUUUCUGUUGACAUAUAGAUUUGUUACAUUUUAAUUAGCUUGAUUU